AUGUCGCCACUAUUGCACAUUCAAUUGCUUCUUUUACUCAAUUGUACAUUUGUAUCGUUCGUUGGUGCGGAGCAGCUGGGUAGCACAAGUGCUUUUUCCCAUAAGUCGCCUUGUUUCUUGAGGAAUUCUACUUUUUCAAGAGACAUCGUUGAAGGAGAGUGGAAAGUUUUGCCAGCUGAUACUAAUGUACCAAAGUGCUUGAAAACUGAAGGUACGGAACGUUCCUGCACAAAGAAAAAGAAUAAAUCUAUUACGGCUCCACGUAUCUAUGAACCUUUCCGAUGUUUGCUGCCAGAUUUUGACGCUCAUAAAUUUUUACACGAUGCCCUCAGAGGUCGGCCUCUCUAUUUUGUUGGUGAUUCAGUCAUCAUGCAACAAAAAACUCGACUAGAGUGUGAACUUAACGGACAUAAUGGAAAAAAAUAUGAGAUAAAAAGUAUUAGAAUAUCGCAUUUAGAACACUUCCGGAGAAAUAUAGGGCGUCUUCGGAGAAUCCCUGAUGGUGCUAUUAUACUGAUCAAUGUUGGUCUACACUAUAAUCAGCCAAAAAAAUACAUUGAAUUUUUAAAUGAAUUUGAAAAGUUUUGUCUGAGAAAAACGUGCACAAAUGGUACCCUGAUCUGGCAAGAAUCAUCUGCUCAGCAUUUUCCUGGCUCCAACAAUGGUCUCUUUGUCAGGAGAGGUAAAUGUUCUCGCGGUUGCUCUCAGUUAAAUCGGAGAAAGCUUAUCAGUGUUGACUUCAGAAACAAAAUGGCAAACGAACUUAUGCUCAGAAAUAAUAUACAAAUACUUCCUGUGUGGGAGUUAACACAGGCUGCACAUAGUAUGCAUGUUCAGUAUAACUCAAAGUCUGGCAUAUGCGAUUGCACGCACUUUUGCAACUUGCCUUACGGGGUUUUUCGAGCUUAUAAUCGCAUUUUGCAGGCGUUUCUGUUGGAUAUUUUGUGA